CAGAAGAAGUCAGAAAGAAAUAUGGAUCCGUAUCCUCUCUCGCUCCUCCGUCGGAUCAAAGAUUGCUUCCAUUCGGCCAUUUCUUCGCUCCUCGCCAACCUAUUCUCCGCUCUCUUCACCUUUGUCUUCGCUCUAGUGGGGACUUUGCUAGGAGCCUUUACAGGGGCUUUGAUCGGCCAAGAAACAGAGAGUGGUUUCAUCAGAGGAGCCGCCGUUGGUGCUAUUUCUGGUGCUGUCUUCUCCAUCGAUGUCCUUGAAUCUUCUCUCCUCCUCUGGCAAUCCGAUCAGUCUGGAAUUGCUUGCCUUCUCUACUUGAUUGAUGUCAUUGCUAGCCUUUUGAGCGGGAGGCUAGUUCGUGAGCGUAUUGGUCCUGCAAUGCUAAGUGCGGUCCAGAACCAGAUGGGAGCCGUGGAAUCACAGUUCCCCGACCAAACUGACAUCUUCGACACUGCUAUUUCAAAUGGUCUCACUGGGGAUUCUCUCGACAGGAUCCCAAAGGUCCGAAUCACAGAUAGCUCAGGGGAGAUGGUCUCUUGCUCUGUCUGCCUUCAGGACUUUCAGGUGGGAGAGACUGUUAGAAUUUUGCCGCAGUGCCAUCAUAUGUUCCACCUACCAUGCAUCGACAAGUGGCUUUGCAGGCAUGCUUCUUGUCCCUUGUGCAGAAGACAUCUUUGAAUUCCAGACCUCGCUUUCUCUCUCUCUCUCUCUCUCUCUUCUUUGUAAAUGAGGUAUAUAGAGGCUCAUACACACACACACACACACACAGACUACUAGUGUUCCUUGAUUACUUAGGUUGCACGUUACAGGUUAUGAUGCAUCAAUCAUUGUCACUUGACUGAUAUCUUUGAUUAUUUUAUGUCACCUCUUCUUUACCU